AUGUCAUUGAAAGUCACUCCAGAGACAUGCAAGGAUCCAGAGUUACUGGCCUAUGCACAGUAUCAACAGCAUCUUCUGGAAAAACAUACUGCUAAGCUGAAGGAGCUGGAGAAGGAGUUCCUUAAUAACAAGCUCAAGGAGAACACGAUCAAGAUGGCGAACCACAAAAUUGCUGCGGAAUACGAUGCCCAGGUGCGUAUUCUCCACGAAAAGAACGACGAAAGCGCGCGUUUGCACGCUGAGUACAACAAGCUGAUUCAGGACCAAAAUUCCUCACUUGAGAAGAUGUCACAGGACCUUUACGAGCAGUUUCUCAACGAAUUCAAUGCCAAGAACGAUGAACUGAAUGGCUUAUUAGCAGAGAUAGAUACAAUGCAAGCCGAUAUGAAAACAACAGCAAUCAGCAUUGAAGAUAAGCGCACCAAGGUUCAGACAGAUGUUGAUUCCCUAGGGACGUCAGAAAAAUGCAUUGCAGAGGCUGUAGAGCAAAUAGAAGACGAGAGAAGUAAUCUAGAAAAGCUAGAAAUAGAAAUCCGGACUCUCUAUCAAGCACUGGCAAUUCAUACAGAAUACCACGCCAAGUUGAUGACGAUAAGUGCAGAGCAGGAGCAGGGGUAUGAACUUGUUAGAAACGCUUUUGAAACCGGCCUCAGGGACAGAGGCUUUCUUUAUCACCAACGGAAUCUUCUUAUGGCCGUCAGAGCGUUUCAGGAAAGAGGGCUAAAGGUCUACAAACAGCUAACAGAGCGAUACACGAGGCUACUUGAAGCACUUCCAGACCAGUAA